UUGUUAUUUCUGUGUGUGUACGGCACAAUGCGUUACGUUCUUACUGCGUACCUGUUUAUUGUUUUUGUUUCGGUUUCGCUAAAUAAAGAUGUGGAAUUACCGGCACGCUGCACCUUGGCUCCUUUAUGACAGGGAAUUUGAGGAUUCAGAACGUGACAGAAACAGUAUAAGCUGCUUUCUCCCUCCUGGCUUCUCCUCCAUAUCUCUGUUUCCCAACGUUUACACGGAAGCUACCUCUCUUUUUGAUCUUUUUUUCUAAUCUAUUCUAUCUUUUGAACCAUUUUUCAUUAUGACUCGGUCAUUACAUACUUCUUCCAAACCACCUUUUACAUCAAGCUUUCGAUGUCUGGUGUUAAUACCUAACAAUUAAUGAUUUGUGCCGAAAAAAAAAAAAAAACACAAAUAUAUAUUUUCUGCACUGAUAAUCCUUAACAUGCCUUAUCCUUUUUUUAUGGUGGGUUUGGUAUGUUUGCUUUAUAAACUGAGUCAUCAGUGCUGCUAAUUCCCAUUUCCCUUAUUUUCCUGUCCUCCCACAUCUUCCUGUUUCCCUCCCUCCAUUCCUCUUUCCUCACCAACCCCUGUCUACCAUCCUUUCUAUCGCUCCACUGCCACCUCACCUGAUAAACCCAUUCCCUGUCUCCUACACUCUCUGCCUGUCUUUAUCCAUUAUUCAUAUUUAUUUUUUUCAAUCGUAAACAUCUGCAAAGCCAUGUGGUCCACCUUCUUUCUGCACGAAGAGGAUGGCAGGCCGAUUCCACCAGGGGCGGGAAUAGGACCCGGAGCAGGUACUCUGGGACUGACCGGUGUCAUGGGUGGCAGAGGGGCUGGGGCUGGUGCUAUGGGAGUUAAGCGCCGUGCAAAAGCGUCAACAUCAGGAGGCAUGAGCGAGGUCCAGGAGGGCAAGAUCAAGCUGGCGUUCUUCGUGGCCAUCGUGGGUGUGGUGUUGACUGUCUUGGGCUUGGGCACAGAGUAUUGGGUGGAGCUGUCCCCGCCCAAGAACUUCUACAACAACCAGACGUGUCUGGCAGCACACUACGGGCUGUGGAAAGGAUGCACCCGGACUCUGUGGGUGGCUGACAUAGACCCUGAGCGAGAGAGCUGUGGGCCGGCUGAACUGCCCGGAGAAUCUAACUGCACCUACUUCAAGUUCUACACCACUGGAGAGAAUGCCGUCAUCUUCCAGAAGACAACAGAAAAGAGUCUGAAUGUGGCGGCGGCCAUGAUGGCCCUCUUCGGUCUCUUCCUGAUGGUCACAGGGGCCAUAUGCAUCACCACAGCCCUCAGCAAAGGAGAAUCAUUCUUCCUCAAGGCUGCAUCGGUUUGCUUCAUUCUGUCAGGCCUCUUGAUUCUCCUGUCUCUUAUUGUUUUCAACCAAUCGGUACUCUCCUUCCUAGCCAGUGACCACUCGGUGCCGUUGCAUCACGAGUUGUCUUGGUCAGUAUCCUGUGUUGGGUGUGCAGGGGGCAUUCUUAUUUUGGGCGGAACCCUCUUUCUCUUGCUUGCGCUACCAUUCAGCCCCUGGCAAAGGUGUUUUCCCCCCAAAAAUGAAAGUGACAGCUAGUGGCGAAGAGGAGGUAUUGCACUUUACCUGUAUUGUCUUAUAACUGUUGAGAAAUGGACGGUCUCCUGCAAUUUUGCAUUGAAUCAUUUGAAGUUGUGUAGAGAGGGGUUCAAGUUGUUCAUCGUCUUGGACGUUUUUUCUCUCCUUAUUUUGCAUAAAUCAGUAGGUCAUUAAAGGGACACUAUGCUGUUCUUGACUUAUGAAAGGUGAAGAAUUAACGCAAUGCCAAAUUACUUGUGUGCUAGUUGACAGCAAAUGUUUUCUCACAUUGAAUGUGCAAAAUGUAAUGUGCAAGUAUGUUCCCCCCCUCCCCAAGUGUGAAAUUCAAUUGAAUUCAAAAUCAUUUUAAAUGAAUUUAACAAAAACAACAUUUUGCAGUUGUGUUUUGAAUUGGUAAACAUUACUUCAUUAUUUUUGCCAAAUCUUUGGUGAUAUUCUGAUCGACAGUCUUAUUAGAGAGUAUAAUCCUUAAGGAUAGUAAUUGGGAUUCAGAUGUAUUGCACAGAAUGAAAGUACAGUACAAAAAUUCUAGAGUUUCUAGUAAAUAAAUACAUACACAAUCUCAUGAUAUUGCAAUGUUUUUACAACUGUCUUUAAUAUACAGAUGAGUAUAUAUCAAAGAGACAUUAGCCUCUAAAUCCAAAUGUUUUCAGACCUCAAAGGUCAAGAUUAGUCUACGUCCCAGGCCAUCAUGUUUUGUAGAUUCAGUUAUAUGUCACAAUAUAAAAGUAAUGUAAAAGACAAGCACCAUGCAAAUUCCAGAUAUGCAGAGCUUAUGUUUUCCAUUAAGUUGUGUAGUGUAAGAUGUGUGGACCCCUAUUGACAUUAGACUACCUUCGAGGUCUAAAAACAUCUGACAAAUUUUGAUUUUGGAGUCUAAUGUCCCUUAAAAUUUUAGAUACACCAUCUGCUCUUGGUGUGUGGGUGACUAUAUUAUAGAAAUUACAAUAAAUUAUUAAAGCGGCACUGCCUAAAAACAUCUCUGCCUGAAAGGACAGGCAAUUUCAUCGUAAACCCUAUUGAAGAGGUAAAGUGCUACAAUUUAUUGUAGCAUUUUGGCUACUAACCAGUAAUAUAAGGUUGCAUUGUAAAUACACUAUUCAAAGUCAUAUGAGCCUUCAGUGUUGUAAAUGAAUAACGUAAAAACAUUUCAUGUGUUCUGUGUAACCCAAAUGUCACACGUUUAUAAAUACUGUAAGAUUUUGUAUCUGUUUUGUCUUUUUCUAGUGAGAUAGUUGUCAGAGGUAAUCUGUGCAUAUCUGUAUUUCAAUGGGUAUUGAAAGGUAAAUUGUGUCUGUGGUUUUCAAUGGAAAUAAUUGCGUAUGUAAGACUUGAUUUAUUAUUAAAUGUGAAGACAACAUACUGUA